UCUGUUCGAUCAAGCCCGGCAGUUCGCCACCGCCGCGGCUAUUUUGCGCGCGUCCUCCCUGCCGUGUUGGACAAAGCAAUAAAUUGACACGGACGGGCUGGUAUUUCCAGGGUAGUCCGCGCGAUUGGCAACUAGUGCCUUCCCACUCCGAGAAUCCCUCCAGGGCCCUUUCAGCCCCUCCCCUUUCCUGGGAUAAAGAGCUCGUCCGGAGGAGAGUGGAAAUCUCCCGGCCACUUUCGCGCGUGGUCUUCCACGCGUGCGUGCAAGAAGGCCAGGCUGGGGCUACAGGUCGUCUUGUGAGGGCAUCUCUUGCCACGCUUCUAGAGUACCAUCUUAGACCUGCAUUACCCAGGGGGAAGCCAAGAUGAAGUUCAGCGGGGCUUACUUCCAGGUAACCACGUAUGGGAGAGAUCGCAGCCUUAUUUAGGAAGCUCGCGGCAGGCCCUGCAGGAGAGGUCAGCGGCGUGGCUAGCCGCAGCCGCAGGGCGUUUGGAACCGGCUGUGAUUGGCCGCAAGGGCGGCGCGCUUCCUUUCGGCUCUGCAAGUGCAGCAGCCCACUGUAGCUUCGUAGGCGAAGCUGGCGCUGGCUCCGCCUCGGCCCUCCGCACCUGCUGCGAACACAUUGCGCGCCAGGGGGAAAAAGUUCAAGCGACGAGUGGAGAGUUUUUCUCGUUCCUUUCCCUGGCCCCGGCGAGUCCGGCUUCUUCGGGCAUUUCCGGGUUGGGCGAAGAAGCCGUCCCUCUCUCUCUCCCACCGCUUUGAUCCGCACUGAUAAGACUGCUGGCUUUCAUUCCAGGAAAGGAGAAGGAAUCCUUUUCGUUCCCUUUCUUCCUUCUCCUACAGUUGGCCCUCCGGCUCAGAGGGAUCAGGUAAAGCCGGGAGCGAUCAGAAACUUUUCCUUUGCUGUAAAAACGGUUAUUGUAGAAUCUUGUGGCACCUUCAAGACUAGCAUUUCGCUCUCGCUCGCUCUGCCCGGGUCAUCGAUCUUAAACGUGUCCCAAGAAGCUUUGGCGCGUUUGCUGCGGCUCGCCUGCUCCACGCCCCCCCCCGGAACGUUUCCCGCCCCCCCUUUUCCUUGGCUUACCACAAGGGCUAUGGAGUCGGAGUCGUGGAGUUGGAGUUGGAGUCGGAAGCAAUUUUGGGUGGAGUCGGAGUCGGUAGAAAUGCACUGACUCCGACUCCGGCUUCAAAAUAAAUUUUGAUUGACAAAUUUUUUAAAAUAUAAAUUCAAAAUGUCAAAGAAGCUUCCCAUGAAGUCAGCUGUAGUUGAGCAUUUCACCAUAACUCAAGAUGGAAAACAUUUUGUGUGUCAGUGUAUGACACAGGACCCAGAUGAAGACAAAUGCUGUGAUGCCAAGAUCAGCGCAUAUUCAGGCAGCGAUAAAAAUGCUCCUAUGAGAGCUUCCAAUUUAAAAAGACAUUUAUAGCCCUUUCCAGGGCUGUGGAGUUGGAAGCAAUUUCGGGUGGAGUCCGAAUUGGAGUCAGAGUCAGACAGUAGAAAAAUAGAGGAGUCGGAGUCGAAGGUUUGGCGUACCGACUUCACAGCUCUGUGUUUGGCCAGAUGUGCUGAGAGAGAGGCUAAAAAUGUGUUAGUAGCCGCACCUAUCUGCAAUAAUAGUUUGAGAGUAAAUGUUUGCUUUUAGGAGUUAUUAAUUGUUUUUAGAAGGCUGUUUUUAAUUGUUUUAAGAAUUUUGUUUUACAUUGGCAUGUUUGCCACUCUGAGCUCCUUAGAGGAAGGUGUAGGAUAUAAUUUUAAUUAAUCAAUGAAAUGCUGCUGUAAACCUUAUUGGAUCUCCUUGUUUGGAGAUAUGUAAUAUUUUACUACAUGCAAAGAGCUUUUUACAUGGAGAGACAUUAACAAAGUAUGAACCCCAGUCUCCAGUGGUGGAGUCCGACUGCGAAUUGCUGCGUAGCUCUCUCAACCUCUCUGGAUGAAAUCACAGACGCAUGACAGCCCUUAAUUAUCUCAUGGAACAUCAACGGCUGGCUCAACAAGAAAGGUGAUACCGAGUUUUUGGAAUUUUUAAGUAAUUUCAAAAUUAUCUGUCUACAGGAAACUUGGAUUACUUCAGUUGACAACUUCAUCUUUCCUGGUUAUCACCCCUUUUUGAGUCCUGCACUUAAAUCUUUGGGGGGAGGCCGCCCUAAGGGGGGCCUAAUAACUUUAAUUUCAAAUUCUUGGUUACUACUGGUUGAUAAUUUACCCUUAGUCUUCCCCCAAUCAAUCUUAGCCCUUCGGAUUAGAGCCCCUAAGGCUGAAGCUCUGAUUUGUAUCAAUGUUUACAUUCCCCCUUUUUGUGUAUCAACCUUGGAAACAACUAAUGUGUGGAAUAAGUUAGAAGAAUCUCUCAACCUCUAUAGUAAGCAAUUUCCCAAUGACCGUCUUUUACUCUGCGGCGACUUUAACGCCAGAAUUGGGAACUCUUGGCUAUACAACAUUGGUACAUCUAAUUGGAUGCCAGCACAUCAAAAUGAUAACAAUAAUAGAAUUUCUCAAGACCAAAAGUCUAACAACCAGGGCUCAUCCUUAUUAGAAUUGGUCUCCUCAUAUCCCUUAGAAAUACUUAACGGCUCUAAAAUAGAUUCUUCCUAUGGUUCCUUUACCUACCGCUCCCAUGCGGGGGCAAGCUUAAUUGAUUACAUGAUUGUAUCACAAUCCCUGCUACCAAUUAUUUCUGACUUCAAGGUCUUGUGCAGAGUAGAAAGUGAUCAUUUUCCCCUUCAACUAACCAUUAACUUUUCAAACUCUUCUAUCAACACACUUUCCACGCAGAGUAAUCCUGGGCAAUUGAAAAGAGUCCACUGGUCAGACCACCUGAGGGAGAACUUAGCAAUCCAAUUGGAAAAUAGCUCAUACCAAUCAAUUCACCAGAAGAUAUUAGAGGGCACUUUGGACCCAAUUCUGGCUUUUCAUAACAUUCUCUCUAUGCUUAGUCCAAUCAUGUCAAAAAAAAUCUCGAACCCUAAUAGACUUCGUUACCCCUCUACGUGGUUUGAUUCUGAGUGUAGAGCAGCGAAAAGGAAACUCAGGUCACGUUUGCGGUUAUCCAAUAAAUAUCCAAAUGUUCAAUCUUUUGCCUCAGCUUUUAAAUCAUCAAAGAUAGUAUAUAGGCACCUCCUGAGACAAAAGAAACUUGAUUUUGCAAUAUCCCAAUGGCAGAAGUUAGCCAACGCAAUAUCCCUAAAACAAGAUCGUACAUUUUGGAACUUGGUAAAUAAGGGAAUGGGCUCAAUUAAACAUAUGAAAUCUCAACAAAUUCCAUAUUUUGUUUGGCACGCCCACUUUUGCAGCCUAUAUUCCUCUGCACCAUUCUCCCAUCCUGUUUGUCUGGAUUUGGACAUUAAAAAUCUCCCACAGUGGCCCCCAGUAUCAUCUGAUGAAAUCAGAUCAUUAAUUGACUCAUUGAAAAAUGGAAAAUCACCUGGGGAAGAUCGUCUUCCUCCCGAAAUAUUCAAAAACUUCUCUGACUGGUGGGCCCCCAUUCUGGCACAUCUGUUUUCAAGAAUCAACGAAUCAGGCAUUAUACCAGAUGGAUGGAGACGAAACAUCAUUGUUCCAAUUUACAAAAGGAGCGACCCUUUUAAUCCCUCUAAUUAUCGCCCCAUAAGCUUAUUAAAUGUGGCGUUAAAACUGUAUAGUAAAUUUCUCCUUCUAAAACUGGAACAAUGAGCAAAUUCAAAUAACAUUAUACCUGCUGAACAAAUUGGCUUCAAGAAAGGGUCUUCUCCGAUCGACCACGGCCUAACUCUUUACCUUAUGGCAAAUCAGGCCAUAAUUGACCCUACAAAACAUCUCUAUGUGGCAUUUGUCGAUCUGGCCGCAGCGUUUGAUUCAGUAGACAGGGGCAAACUUUGGACAAAACUAUAUAACAUGAAUAUAGAUCACCGACUAUUGUAUUUAAUAAGGGCCCUAUAUGCAGACACUUUCGCCCAGGUUAGAUUAAACAAUUGCGGUGCAAUGACAAACCCGAUAUCAGUGGCGAGGGGUGUUAAACAGGGGUGUCCUCUUGCAUCCCUAUUAUUUAACCUAUUUUUAACAGCCAUAAUAUCGGACCUGUCUGGUCCACAAUUUCCCCCCCCCUAUUGGAAAUAGAAAGAUAUCUACACUAUUUUACGCAGAUGACAUGGCCCUUCUUUCGUUAGUCCCAGUAGGUUUAAAAAAAUUAAUGAGACGUCUUCAUGAGCUUUGUGUAAUUGAGGGGCUAAAAAUAAACUAUAAAAAAACUAAAGUUCUAGUAUUUGGGCGAAGAUAUGUGAAUCAUCGUUGGUCAAUGGAUAAUCACCAAUUAGAACAGACCCGGGUAUUUAAGUAUUUGGGAGUGAUUUUUUCAGAUACUCUGUCCUGGAAAACCCAUUUGCAAUAUACUAAACAAUCAGCGAUAAAAACAGUGGGAGCCAUUUUAAAAUUUCACCGCUCAACCGGGGGUAAUUUGGUCACCCCCGCCCUAAAAAUUUUUGAGGCUAAAGUAAUUCCUCAGGUUCUUUAUGGCGCUUUGAUAUGGGGGUGGGAUACUAAAGCAAUUUCAUCUUUGGAGACAAUUCAAACGGACUUUCUCAGGCGCUUACUGAACUUACCCCCAGGAACCUCAUCUGCAAUGCUCCGCGCGGAAACAGGCCUCCCCCCGCUGACCACGCAUAUCCAUCUAGCUCUUCUGAGGUUUAUGAGAUCUACUGUACACUUACAAAAUAAAGACCUGUUAAACUUAUAUUUAACCCACUCUUCUACUCAGAAAUCCUGGGGAGCUAGACUAGAAAAUUUAUUACAUAGGUACCAUCUUACUAUCCAUCAAUUCAAUACCAUUGGCUCAGAUAAGAAACUUCGGGAAGCUGUCAUCCACCAUAGUCAGUAUCUAGAUCGUCUAUAUCUACUUAACAGCAGGUCCGCCCCAUGGUAUUGGAGAUUUAAAACCGAUCACAGUCGCUCCCCAUAUCUAACCACAUACAUGCCCAGUAACCUUAGAUUCGCAUUCACCUCACUUAGAUUCUUCUCCUUACCUAAUGCGGAACGGGAAGGGAGAAUAGCUAAGGUUCCUAAGGAACAAAGAUACUGCAUUUGUGGGUAUCAAGGGGUGGAGGAUCUUCCACAUAUCUUACUGGAUUGCCCAAUUUAUCAUAAUCCCAGAAUGAAUCUCACAUCGAGGUGGCCAGACCUUAACGAGUCGGCACAAUUGCCGAUAAAGUAUUAUUCCUAAUGUCCGAUUGGAACGAUGAGGUGACACACCACGUAGCUAUAUUCGCAUCUGCAGCUAGGAAAUUAAGAGCCGGUUUACUUUCAGAGCUCAACUCGAAAUGAAAUUUCUAAAAGGCCUUAUCGAUGCCGACAGUAUUUUAACUUUGCCAUCUCAGUAAUUAAAGUUUAUUUAGGAACUAGCCAUAUGGCCCUAAGAUGAACAUAUUGAUUUUAUAUUGUUUUAACAAUUUGCUACUUGCUAAUGUUUUAACUUGUCUUAUCUUGUAUUUUGUUAUGGAUUGUAUACCUUGUGUUGGCCUGUGGCCCUGCAAUAAAGAUGAUGAUGAUGGUGGUG